GGCGGCGGCUGGAGCGGCCUGAGCGGCCCCGGCCCUGCCCGGCCAUGGAGACGGAGGAGGAGCAGCACAUGACGACGCUGCUGUGCAUGGGCUUCUCGGAGCCCGGCGCCAUCCGUCGGGCCCUGCACCUGGCCAAGAACGACAUCAACGAGGCCGUGGCGCUGCUCACCCACGAGCGCCCGGGCCUCGACUACGGCUCCUACGAGUCCAUGGACAGCGGCGGCCCCGGGGGGCCCGGACCCGGCGGCGGCGGCGGCGGCCCGGGGGGCUCGGCCGGGCCGGGCGGGGGCGGCCCGCGCGGCGACGGCGGCGGCGACGGCCACGGCCACGGCCACGACCCGGCCCGCAGCGGGCCCGCGGGCGGAGGAGGCGGCGGGGGCGGCUUCGACCCCCCGCCCGCCUACCACGAGGUCGUGGAGACCGAGAAGAAUGAUGAAAAUGGCAACUGCUCUGGAGACAAUAUUGAGUUUCCUACAACCAACUUAUAUGAACUGGAAAGCCGCGUUUUGACUGACCAUUGGUCCAUCCCUUACAAACGGGAAGAAUCACUGGGCAAAUGCCUGAUAGCUUCUGCCCGCCUUGCAAGGCUGGGUCUUUCUGAGUCUGAUGAAAAUUGUAAAAGAUUUGUGGAUCGGUGUAUGCCAGAAGCAUUUAAAAAGUUACUGACUUCCAGCGCGGUUCACAAGUGGGGCACAGAAAUCCAUGAGGGGAUCUACAACAUGCUGAUGCUGUUGGUUGAUCUGGCUGCAGAACGCGUCAAGCAGGAUCCCAUUCCCAUCGGUCUCCUGGGCGUGCUCACAAUGGCUUUCAAUCCUGACAAUGAAUACCAUUUUAAAAACCGGAUGAAAGUGUCUCAGAGAAAUUGGGCUGAGAUUUUUGGAGAAGGAAAUAUGUUUGCCAUCUCACCUGUAUCUGCUUUCCAGAAGGAACCUCAUGGAUGGCUUGUGGAUUUGGUUAAUAGGUUUGGUGAAUUGGGUGGAUUUGCAGCAAUUCAAUCUAAGCUUCAUUCAGAAGAUGUAGAACUUGGGGCUGUCUCUGCGUUAGUCCAACCACUGGGGGUGUGUGCAGAGUACCUCAACUCCUCAGUCGUGCAGCCAAUGCUUGAUCCGGUCAUCCAUAAAAUGAUCAAAUACGUGCAGAGUGUAGAAGAGAAGGACCUGAAGGACAAGAGGCUGGUGAGCAUCCCCGAACUCUUGUCCGCUAUUAAAUUGUUCUGUAUGCGCUUCCAACCUGACCUGGUGAUGGUGGUGGAUGACCUGCGGCUGGACAUUCUGCUACGCAUGCUGAAAUCACCCCAUUUCAGUGCCAAAAUGAAUUCCCUCAAAGAGGUAACCAAACUAAUAGAAGACAGCACUUUAUCCAAAUCUGUGAAGAAUGCAAUAGAUACAGACCGAUUAUUAGAUUGGCUAGUUGAGAAUUCUGUUCUGUCAAUCGCAUUGGAAGGUAAUAUUGAUCAAGCACAAUACUGUGAUCGCAUAAAAGGAAUUAUUGAACUACUGGGCAGUAAAUUGUCUUUAGAUGAGCUCACGAAAAUUUGGAGAAUACAGGCAGGACAGUCCUCUACUGUAAUCGAGAACAUCCACACUAUUAUCGCUGCAGCCGCUGUGAAGUUCAGCUCAGAUCAGUUGAAUCAUCUCUUUGUUCUCAUCCAGAAGAGCUGGGAGACAGAAAAUGACAGAGUAAGACAGAAGUUGCUGAGCCUGAUUGGGCGCAUCGGUCGUGAAGCUCGUUUUGAGACCACCUCUGGAAAGGUCCUCGAGGUCCUCUGGGAUUUGGCUCAUCUUCCAACCUUGCCCAGCAGCCUCAUUCAGCAAGCUUUGGAGGAGCACCUGACUAUCCUCAGCGACGCCUAUGCCGUGAAAGAAGCCGUCAAGCGAAGCUACAUCAUUAAGUGCAUCGAGGACAUUAAACGGCCUGGAGAGUGGUCAGGUUUGGAAAAAAACAAGAAGGAAGGAUUCAAGUCAUCCCAGCAUAACAACCCCCAGUUUGUUUGGGUGGUCCCCGCUUUACGCCAGCUCCACGAGAUCACCCGAUCAUUUAUAAAACAAACCUAUCAGAAGCAAGACAAGAGCAUCAUCCAGGACUUGAAAAAAAAUUUUGAAAUAGUCAAGCUGGUGACAGGAAGCCUGAUAGCGUGUCACCGACUUGCGGCGUCUGUAUCAGCCCCUGGGGGCUUAACUGCUUCGACGCUAGUGGACGGCAGAUACACUUACCGGGAGUAUUUAGAGGCGCACUUAAAAUUUCUGGCAUUUUUCUUGCAAGAAGCCACUCUGUAUCUGGGUUGGAAUCGAGCCAAGGAAAUCUGGGAAUGUCUUGUAACAGGACAAGAUGUUUGUGAAUUGGAUAGAGAGAUGUGUUUUGAGUGGUUUACAAAAGGACAACAUGAUCUUGAAAGCGAUGUUCAGCAGCAGCUCUUCAAGGAAAAGAUUCUCAAACUGGAGUCAUAUGAAAUUACUAUGAAUGGUUUUGGCUUAUUUAAGACUUUCUUUGAAAAUGUGAAUCUUUGUGAUCAUCGAUUAAAGCGGCAGGGCACUCAGUUGUACGUAGAGAAGCUGGAAUUGAUUGGGAUGGAUUUUAUUUGGAAAAUUGCCAUGGAGUCACCUGAUGAAGAAAUAGCUAAUGAAGCCAUUCAGCUGAUCAUAAGCUACAGUUAUAUCAACCUAAAUCCAAGGUUAAAGAAGGAUUCCGUGUCACUGCACAGGAAGUUCAUCGCCGACUGCUACGCACGCCUAGAAGCAGCCAGCUCAGCUCUUGGUGGCCCUACCUUGACCCAUGCUGUGACUAGAGCAACCAAAAUGCUCACGGCGACAGCCAUGCCCACUGUAGCAACAUCCGUACAGUCUCCAUACAGGUCUACUAAGCUUGUCAUCAUUGAGAGGUUACUUCUGCUGGCAGAGCGCUACGUCAUCACCAUUGAGGACCUUUAUUCUGUUCCUCGCACGAUUCUACCUCACGGCGCCUCGUUCCACGGACAUAUUCUGACCCUCAGUGUGACGUGCGAAUCUACCAAAGAUACCUUCACUGUAGAGGCUCAUAGUAACGAAACCAUAGGCAGUGUCAGGUGGAAGAUAGCAAAGCAGUUGAAUUCUCCUGUGGAUAACAUACAGAUAUUCGCAAAUGAUAGUCUGCUCACAGUGAAUAAGGAUCAGAAGCUGCUCCAUCAGCUGGGCUUUUCUGAGGAGCAGGCCCUCACAGUGAAGACGUCCGGGAGUGGCACCCCCUCGGGGGGCUCCGCAGACUCCUCCACCAGCUCCAGCAGCAGCAGUGGCGUUUUCAGCUCCUCCUAUGUCAUGGAACAGGAAAAGUCCCUCCCAGGCGUUGUAAUGGCACUUGUAUGCAAUGUGUUUGACAUGCUCUAUCAGCUUGCCAACCUCGAGGAGCCCAGGAUAACGCUACGCGUCCGAAAGCUGCUCUUGUUGAUCCCUACUGACCCAGCUAUUCAGGAAGCCCUCGAUCAACUUGACUCUUUGGGACGAAAGAAAACAUUGCUGUCUGAAACAGGUUCCCAGUCUUCCAAAUCUCCAUCUUUGUCUUCAAAGCAACAGCACCAGCCCAGUGCCAGUUCCAUUUUGGAAAGUCUUUUCCGCUCCUUUGCCCCCGGAAUGUCCACCUUCAGAGUACUGUACAACUUAGAGGUCCUGAGCUCCAAACUCAUGCCAACGGCUGAUGAUGAAAUGGCCCGGAAUUGUGCGAAAUCCUUCUGUGAGAACUUCCUCAGAGCCGGCGGUUUGAGCUUGGUGGUCAACGUCAUGCAGAGAGACUCUAUACCUUCAGAAGUGGACUAUGAAACGAGGCAGGGAGUUUAUUCCAUCUGUCUGCAGCUUGCAAGAUUCUUGCUUGUUGGCCAAACCAUGCCCACAUUCUUGGAUGAAGAGCUCACCAGAGAUGGCAUUGAAGCGCUCGCUUCCCGACCCUUCCGCAACAUAAGUCGUCAGUCCAGCCGACAGAUGUCCCUGUGUGGCACGCCAGAGAAGGCCUCCUACAGGCAGCUUUCAGUCUCUGACAGGUCCUCCAUCCGUGUGGAGGAAAUCAUCCCUGCUGCCAGGGUCGCAAUCCAAACAAUGGAUGUAAAUGAUUUCACUUCUACUGUGGCUUGUUUCAUGAGGCUGUCCUGGGCGGCGGCUGCCGGACGUCUUGAUCUCGUUGGAAGUAGCCAGCCAAUCAAAGAAAGCAACACUUUAUUUCCCAUUGGGAUUCGCAACAGACUCAGCAGCUCAGGAAGCAACUGUAGCUCUGGGAGUGAAGGUGAGCCGGUGGCCCUGCAUGCGGGGAUCUGCGUGCGACAGCAGUCCGUGUCCACCAAAGACGCACUCAUUGCCGGCGAGGCCCUCUCUCUGCUGGUCACCUGCCUCCAGCUUCGCAGUCAGCAGCUGGCCUCCUUCUAUAACUUGCCGUGUGUGGCCGAUUUUAUCAUCGAUAUCCUGCUUGGAUCUCCAAGCGCCGAGAUUCGCCAUGUCGCCUGUGAUCAGCUGUACACUCUCAGCCAGACGGACACUUCGGCUCACCCAGAAGUGCAGAAGCCGAAUCAGUUCCUCCUUGGCGUCGUUCUGACAGCUCAGCUGCCUCUCUGGUCUCCAACAAGUAUCAUGAGAGGAGUCAACCAGAGGCUGUUGUCUCAGUGUAUGGAAUACUUUGAUCUGAGGUGCCAGUUACUAGACGACCUGACAACUUCAGAAAUGGAUCAGUUAAAGAUCAGUCCAGCUACCAUGCUAGAAGAUGAAAUUACUUGGCUAGAUAAUUUUGAGCCUAAUCGCACAGCUGAGUGUGAAACCAGUGAAGCAGACAACAUUUUGUUAGCAGGACAUUUAAGACUCAUCAAGACCCUCCUUUCGCUCUGUGGAGCAGAAAAAGAAAUGCUUGGGUCGUCGCUUAUCAAACCAUUAUUGGAUGACUUCCUUUUCCGGGCUUCUAGAAUUAUUUUAAACAGUCAUUCUCCAGUUGGCAGUGCUGCCAUCAGUCAGCAGGACUUUCACCCAAAAUGUAGUACUGUGAAUAGUCGGUUGGCAGCCUAUGAAGUUCUGGUGAUGUUGGCGGAUAGCUCACCCUCCAAUCUUCAGAUCAUUACAAAAGAGCUGCUUUCUAUGCACCAUCAGCCUGACCCUGCUCUCACCAAGGAGUUUGAUUACCUGCCCCCGGUGGACAGCCGCUCUCUCUCAGGGUUUGUGGGGCUCAAGAACGGCGGCGCCACUUGCUACAUGAAUGCGGUUUUCCAGCAGCUCUACAUGCAGCCUGGGCUCCCUGAGUCUUUACUUUCCGUUGAUGACGAUAUGGACAAUCCCGAUGACAGCGUGUUCUAUCAAGUCCAGUCCCUCUUUGGGCAUUUGAUGGAAAGCAAGCUACAAUAUUAUGUACCUGAGAAUUUCUGGAAGAUUUUCAAGAUGUGGAACAAAGAGCUUUAUGUUCGAGAACAGCAGGACGCAUAUGAAUUCUUUACUAGCCUCAUCGAUCAGAUGGAUGAACACCUCAAGAAAAUUGGUCGAGAUCAAAUAUUUAAGAAUACUUUCCAGGGAAUCUACUCUGAUCAGAAGAUAUGUAAGGACUGUCCUCACAGGUAUGAGCGAGAAGAAGCUUUCAUGGCACUCAAUCUCGGCGUUACUUCUUGUCAGAGUCUGGAGAUUUCUUUGGACCAGUUUGUUAGAGGUGAAGUUCUAGAGGGGAGUAAUGCCUAUUACUGUGAAAAGUGUAAAGAAAAGAGAACAACAGUGAAAAGAACAUGCAUUAAGUCUUUGCCCAGUGUCUUGGUGAUUCACCUGAUGAGAUUUGGCUUUGACUGGGAGAGUGGACGCUCUAUUAAAUAUGAUGAACAAAUAAGGUUCCCCUGGAUGUUAAACAUGGAGCCUUACACGGUGUCAGGAAUGGCUCGCCAGGACUCAUCUUGUGAUGUUGGUGAAAAUGGUCGGCACACGGACCAAGGCUCUGGAGGCUCCCCGCGGAAGAAAGUGGCCCCCACCGAAAACUAUGAGCUCGUGGGUGUGAUUGUGCACAGCGGCCAGGCCCAUGCAGGCCACUAUUAUUCCUUCAUCAAGGACAGAAGGGGAUGUGGAAAAGGAAAAUGGUAUAAAUUUAACGACACCGUGGUAGAAGAGUUUGAUUUAAAUGAUGAGACCUUGGAGUAUGAAUGUUUUGGUGGCGAGUACAGACCAAAAGUUUAUGAUCAGUCAAACCCGUAUCCUGACGUCCGCCGGCGAUACUGGAAUGCCUAUAUGCUCUUCUACCAGAGGGUGUCUGACCAGAACUCACCUGUGUUGCCGAAGAAAAGCCGAGUUAGCGUGGUGCGCCAGGAGGCCGAAGAUCUCUCCCUAUCAGCUCCAUCCUCACCAGAGAUUUCACCUCAGUCGUCUCCUCGGCCCCAUAGACCUAACAACGACCGUCUCUCUAUUUUAACCAAACUGGUUAGAAAAGGGGAAAAAAAAGGACUCUUUGUGGAGAAAAUGCCCGUUAGGAUAUACCAGAUGGUGAGAGAUGAGAACCUCAAGUUUAUGAAGAACAGAGACGUGUAUAGUAGUGACUACUUCAGUUUUGUCCUGUCCUUAGCUUCGUUGAAUGCUACUAAAUUAAAACAUCCCUACUAUCCUUGCAUGGCAAAGGUGAGCUUACAAUUAGCAAUCCAGUUUCUCUUCCAAACCUAUCUACGGACAAAGAAAAAACUCAGGGUUGACACUGAAGAGUGGGUGGCCACAAUUGAAGCCUUGCUCUCCAAAAGUUUUGAUGCAUGCCAGUGGCUUGUUGAAUAUUUCGUCGGUUCUGAAGGGCGAGAGUUGGUGAAGAUUUUCCUGCUGGAGUGCAGUGUGAGGGAAGUGCGAGUAGCUGUCGCCACGAUCCUGGAGAAGACGCUCGACAGUGCCUUGUUUUACCAGGACAAGCUCAAAAGUCUUCACCAGUUGUUGGAGGUGCUGCUUGCCCUGUUGGAUAAAGAUGUCCCAGAGAACUGUAAAAACUGUGCUCAGUACUUUUUCCUGUUCAACACCUUUGUACAGAAGCAAGGUAUAAGGGCUAGCGAUCUUCUUUUGAGACAUUCUGCUCUACGUCACAUGAUCAACUUUCUCUUGGGACCCAAUCGGCAAAACAAUCAGAUUCGCCGAUGGAGCUCAGCCCAAGCUCGGGAGUUUGGAUUCCUUCACAAUACGGUGGCAUUACUGGUUUUGCAUUCAGACGUCUCAUCACAGAGGAAUGUCGCCCCUGGCACACACAAACAGCGGCCUCCCAUCAGCAUUGUUUCUUCUGGCCCCCUCCUGGCCCUCCAUGAGGAAGUGGAGUCCUUGCUCUUCCUGUCUGAAGGGAAGCCGUACCUGCUGGAGGUCAUAUUUGCCUUGCGGGAGCUAACUGGCUCGCUCCUGGCUCUCAUGGAGAUGGUGGUUUACUGCUGUUUCUGUAACGAGCACUUCUCCUUCACCAUGCUGCAUUUCAUCAAGAGCCAACUGGAAACCGCUCCUCCCCAUGAAUUAAAAAACACAUUCCAGCUGCUCCACGAGAUCCUGGUCAUUGAAGACCCUCUUCAAGUAGAACGAGUCAAAUUUGCUUUUGAGACAGAGAAUGGUCUAGUAGCCUUGAUGCACCACAGCAAUCACGUGGACAGCAGUCGCUGCUAUCAGUGUGUCAAGUUCCUCGUGACCCUGGCACAAAAGUGCCCUGCUGCCAAGGAGUACUUCAAGGAGAAUUCCCACCACUGGAGCUGGGCUGUGCAGUGGCUACAGAAGAAGAUGUCUGAACAUUAUUGGGUCCCACAAAGUAAUAUAUCUAAUGAAACCUCAACUGGAAAAACCUUUCAGCGCACUAUUUCUGCUCAGGACACCUUAGCUUAUGCCACAGCUUUGCUGAAUGAGAAAGAUCAGUCAGGAAGCAGUAAUGGGUCAGAGAGCAGUCCUGCCAACGAGAAUGGAGAAAGACACCUCCAGCAGGGCUCAGAGUCUCCCAUGAUGAUUGGUGAGUCAAGAAGUGACCUGGACGAUGUGGACCCUUAGAGGAAACUCCCAAUCUCACCGCUGAGUCAAAUCCAGUCCUCCUCCUUGAUGUUUGGCACCUUUUGGAAACCAGAAUCUCAUCUUUUUAAAAGGUCUGGAAGUUGAACUUGGAUAAACCUGAAGUGACUUUGGAGGAUUGUGCACUCGUAAGGAGAAGUCCCCUUCAGUUGAGAGAAGGAAGGUGGGGUCACUGGUCAUGAGCAGGUGAGACCCCAGAGCCAGAUUCAUCCGCACCAAGGGCAGCCGGCCCCAUGCAGAGAACAGUUUUUGUCAAGGUUUUAUCAAAUAAAGCUCAUGGUCGAAAUUUUUAUUAUGUGAACAUAAAUGAGUGAAUGUAGACAUGUCGCUUUUCUGUGAUGCUGCCAGAGGAAUGGCUCUGCCCUGGCUUUUAUACUGAAGAAGAAAAUCAGGCGGCCUUUAGGUAGGGGGCACACGCUUCGUCUUUGUGGUGAUCUGAGUAGGAGUGUUCAGAAGGAUGGACUGAAGUGUGACGCAGAUGCGCUUUUGCGUUGUAAUAUAGUAGAGUCCAGUUUACACAGAACCUGGGUAUUGAAUAUGUCUCCCUAACUAUUUGUACAGAAUUCCCAAGGGCUCUGGGGUCAGCGUGGAUCCUCGUCAAGAGCUGCCUGGAUCCACAGUUUAGGAGUCGGCUGGCUCUUUAUGGUAAUUUUUUAAUGUCGUUAAGAUUGUAAAGAGCAAUAAAGACGACCCCAUUCUCCGAUUUAUACAGAGCUGCGUUAUUUGACGCUGGGCACUGAAAAAGACAAGCUGAGUCAUUAAAAAAACACACCCCAAAAAGCACUUUAAGAUUCAAUUUUAUCAACUCCAUCAAAUCAUCUUUUUUAACACAUGGAGACAUAUUGAAUAAACUGUAGUUUAAAUCAA